AUGGAGCCUUUGUCAAAAAUUUCACUCAAUAAUCAGAUUGUUACAAUGCGUCAUAUCGUACGUAAAUCAAAAGUGCAUACAAUACACAAAUUAACGCGGGAAGCAAAAAAAUUAAAAGAAAAAAAAGGAAGUGAAGAACAACUUAUCAAAAAUAAAAAAAAAGCUGACCGCUUUAUCAGUGAAUUAAUGGUGAUAAAGAAAUUGAAUGAUGACGAUGUUACAAAAUAUGCCUUACAAAAUGAAGUACCUUCUGCUAAAAUAUUAAAUAGUAUAGACAUAACAUUGGAGACUAGAGCAUUAGCAAGGUUAGCUGGACAUAAGUUUAUAAUAGAUGAAGUUCAAAAAUUUAGAAGCAAAUAUUCUGAUUGGAAACUGUGCAUAACAGAUUUGUUGAAUGAGUUAGGUGCUAAAUAUAGAGCCAAAAAAAAACCCAAUAAAAAUAAAUUAAUUAAGACAGAGGUCAAAACUAAAAUUCUGAAUAAGAACAAUAAAGAAAUUAAAAACAUAGAAGAAUUUGGAUAUGAUCAGUCUGAAUCUGACGAUCAGUCAGUGUGUGACGGUGCUCGGUCUGAGCCUGAAGAUCAGCCAGUGUCUGGGAGUGAUCAGUCUGAGCCCGAAGAUCAGUCAGUGUCUGACGGUCCACAGUCUGAGAACGAAGAUCAGUCAGUGUCUGACGGUCCACAGUCUGAGAACGAAGCUCAGUCGGUGUCUGACGGUGCUCAGUCUGAGCUCGAAGAUCAGUCAGAGUCAGAAAAUGGUUUAAAAAGUGACAGUUCAUUAGUGCAGAAAAGGUUGCCUCAUGAAGACAAUACAAGUAGUGAUGAAUAUCAAAACAAUGUGUCAAAAGGCUCAAAAAUUGUAACCUCAAACAAUAAAGAACUGUUUGCCAGAAACAAAGAUGAAUGCCCAAGUACAUUAGACAUAAGUGUAAAUUAUUCACAAGGAAAAACAAAUGUUUUUAACACAGAACUACCCAAGAAAAACUUACAUUUGUCUGCUAAUGAAAUUUUCGACAACAUUGAUGUAAACGUUGAUAAAAAUGUAUCAAAAAGAAAAGCGAAACAAAAUAUUUCAAAUAAAACUGACAAUAAAAAAAAAAGAAUUGCAGUAAAUGAAAUCAAGCCUGUUUGUGAAACAGUUGAUUCAUUUUUCAUGACUGUUGACAAUAAGGAUUACAUGUCUGUAUACAAACCACCACCAGCGACUGAACGAGACAUUGAAGAACGUACUAAAGUAGAACAUCAAAAACCAAUUAAAGAAUUUUUCAGUAAAGGUAAAAAAGUGAUUAUUGGUAAACAAAACAACAUGGGCAAUCGAAGAGAAAGAAGGCAGCAACAAGUUGAGGAAUCUGUUGAUACAGCAUUACAUCCGUCAUGGGAAGCAAAACGUAAACAAAAGUCAUUGGUCAAAUUUGAAGGAAAGAAAAUAACAUUUGACGAUGAAGAUUAA